AUGACUCAAGCAAUCGGUAUCGACUUAGGUACUGUAUAUUCAUGUGUUGGCAUAUAUCAGAAUGGAACAGUUGAAAUCAUUCCGAAUGAAAAUGGAAAUCGAAUAACACCAUCAUAUGUGGCAUUCACCCAUAAUCAUCGUUUAGUCGGCGAAGAGGCCAAAAGUCAGCUGUCGACGAAUUUGGAAAAUACUGUUUUUCAUACGAAACGACUAAUAGGAAGAAACUUCGAUGAGUUUCAUGUCAAAUCUUACAUGAAAAAAUGGCCAUUCAAAGUUGUUCAACAUGACAGCAGACUGAAGAUUGAAGUUGAAUUUCAAAAUCAGACCGUAUUAUUCACUCCUGAAGAGAUCUCCUCGAUGAUACUAGUUAAAAUGAAAGAAAUGGCCGAGAAUCAUCUUGGAAGACAGAUUUCUGAGGCAGUUAUUACAGUUCCAGCAUCUUUCAAUAAUUGUCAACGACAAGCCACAAGAGAUGCAGGAAGUCUUGCCGGUUUGAAUGUUCUACGUAUUAUAAAUGAAUCAACAGCUGCUGCUAUCCCCUAUAAUUUAAACACAUCCGGAGCAGGCGAAAAAGCUAUUGUUGUAUUUGAUUUAGGUGGGGGAACGGUAAAUGUAUCAAUACUCAAAAUCGAAAAUCAAAUUCUCGAAGUCAAAUCUACGGCUGGCCUUUCACAGCUAGGUGGAGAGGAUUUUCAUAGUAGAAUCGUAACAGAUUGUGUUCACCAAUUUGAAAGCAAGAACAAAACGAAAAUAUCAGAAAAUAAGCGUGUUAUUCGUCGUUUACGAGCAGCCUGUGACCAAGCCAAAUGCACAUUAUCAGAAGCGAUGAAAGCUUCGAUUGAACUUGACGCUCUCUAUGAAGGUAUCGAUUUCCACACAACAAUUACACGUGCUCAUUUCGAAGAACUUUGCGCUGAUCUAUUCCGAGAAUUACUGACACCAGUUGAAAAAGCUUUACGUGAUGCUGAAAUGGAUAAAUCAGAAAUUCAGGAAAUUAUUCUUGUUGGUGGUUCCACGCGUAUACCGAAAGUGAGAAAAAUACUUGCAGAUUUUUUUCCGGGAAAACGGCUCAAUCACUCGAUCAAUCCCGAUGAAGUUGUUGCUUAUGGUGCUGCGAUAGAAGCAGCUAUUGUAACAGGCGAUAGAUCCGAAGAAGUCAAGGAUAUGUUGUUACUAGAUGUUGCACCACUUACAUUGGGUGUUGAAACAGCCGGUGGUGUGAUGAAAGCAGUAAUUAAACGUAAUACAACGAUUCCAACGAAACUAACACAGACUUUUACAACGCAUUCAGAUAAUCAAACUACAUUGAAUGUGAAAGUUUUCGAAGGUGAACGUAUAAUGACGAGAGGAAAUACUUUUCUAGGGAGUUUUCAACUUUCGAAUAUUUCACCUGUGCCUCGUGGUGUACCGCAAAUUGAAAUUACUUUCGAUAUCGAUGCCGAUAAUAUUCUGAACGUCGUGGCUGUAGAUAAAAGUUCUGGACAUGAAAAUAAAUUGAAGAUUACAAAUGAUAGUAGAAAUCUAUCGAAAGACGAAAUCGAACCCAUGAAGAUACCGCUUGACACUUUUCAAAAAGCUGAAGAUGAACUCUAUGACAUGAGAAAAUCAUUGGAACAGUCGUGCCAAGAUUUGAAAAUGGAAAUUACCGAUGAGAAAAUACGAUAUGAGCUCAAUGAAAUUGAUAAGAGCACAAUGAUUCAAACAAUUGAAGAGAUAUUGAACUGCUUGAAAUCUAAUAAUAAGAAAACAAUUGCGAACAAUAACAGGAGCGACGUUGAAGAAGCAUCAGGAAAAUUUGCUUCUACCUCUACUCAUAAUACGACGUCUCGCCGUCCUCUUGAACAAUUCACAACACAAGAUGUUGCCGCAUUCAUUAAAGAAAUCGGUCCAUCCUUUGAAAGUCUAGCUGCUCGUUUUCUUGAAGAAGAAAUUGAUGGGACAGCGCUUCUUGCAUUAACACCUGAUAUUUUAACGAAACAAAUGGGUUUAAAGCUGGGUCAUGCACUGAAGAUUAUUCAACAUAUUGACAAAUCGAAAUAA